UCCUCUCUCAUUUGACAGACUUCUUUGUUUGAUAUCUUCUAUCUUGCAGUUAUCUAUAUUUUUUACUUCUGUUAGUUCUCUAAUACUCCUGAUCCUCCCCACUCCAAGUAUCUCAUUUUCUUGAUCAGAUGUGUCUGCUUGCAUAGGGGCCUAUGGUGGAAUAGAUUUUCGGAAACAAAUUAAUGGAAGUACCAGAUGUAAGAGUGAGUGAUCUGGAGCAGCUUCACUUGAUGGAAGCAAAUGAUUUUACUAUAGAAAUGGAUAUGGAUGAAGCAAAUGAAAAUUUGCUUAAUAUUAGCAGUGUUGACAUAUCAGACCAGAAUCCGGGCAGGACAAGGGAAAUGGAUACGGAUGGAUCAUUUGCGAAUUUGGGUGUGACUAGUAGCAGUGCAACAUCAGGAAACUUAGAUGUGACUAGUAGCAAUGCAACAUCAAACCAAAAUACAGAAAGGCCGAGGGAAAUGGAUAUGGAUAUGACAUCUGGUAAUUUGGAUGUGACUGGCGACGCUCAAAUAUUAUCUCAAGAUGAACAAAGCCACGACGAAAUGGUUACAAAUGGAACGUGUGGGAAUUUGGAAUUGAGUGGCAACACUAAAAUGACACAGCAUUUCAGAAAAAGGCCUAAUAUGAUGUCACAAGACUCCAGACCUCCCAAAAAGAAGCUGGGAAUGAAAGAAGCUUUGUCUGAGAUGGCUAGUGCUGUUAAGGCACUGAUGAAUGAUAAAGAGAACAACGAUACAUCAUUUGACGAUGCUUUAAGUGCACUUCGAGCUAUGCCGGACGUAGAUGAUGAGUUAGUAAUGGAUGCGUGUGAUCUGUUGGAAGAUGAGAGAAAGGCAAAUAUAUUUUUAGCUUUGGAUAUCUCUUUGCGAAAGAAGUGGUUGCUUAGAAAGCUACGUCAGGAAAAGUCACAUGACUCAAACUGUAUAUAGCUUAUGAAGUUUUUGAACUUUUCCUUGUCCAGAUUUUACUUUUCAUCACUAGGAAAAUCUUAGAAACAACCCACAUCGUAGUGUGGCUGUGUACAGUGCAACAUAAAGCUUAAGCCAUAUACUAAAUUACUAACAUUGAAUUUUUUUUCUUGAGGGCUCUAAGUUAAUAACUACUCUGUUAAUCAGUGGCAAAAAUUCUUCUAGUAUGCGAUAGUGACUAUGCUUUUUUGUUGUAUCACGCUUAGGCCGCAAACUACAAAGUUUGGUUGAUUAAAUUUGAACGCUUCUUGACUUCAA